AAUUACCGGUCGGAAUUUCGAAAGGCAAGUCCAAAGAAUUACAAAGCCAAAAUGAAAAAAAAGUUCAAACCACGCGGCAAGAACUAGAAGAAGUUAAUCAGGAACAACUUCGCCAAUCACAAGCAGCUUAUAACCAAUCUCUUAACCAAAUUAAUAGUGCUUGUCAAAGUAAUUUAAGCCAAAUUAGAAAUAGUUUUAAUAACGUCCAAGUUGGCGAACCAGUUUGCCGCUACGGACACGAUAAUAACAUUCAAGUUUACAAUAAGUCAGGAGAGUUUGUUUCAAAUUACCAAUCCGAUUUUAUUGGGCAUAUUUAUUGCCCGACCUGCGGCACUAAUGAUUAUAACUUUACUUUGCGUAAUGCUAAAACUUACACGCUGGAAGAAUGA